UCGCCUCAACUGUGUUUUCUCAAAUCAGGCAAAACUCGCGGCCGCCUACAGCCGUACAGCCAGACGGUGCGGCUGCGCGCCAGGCCCGCGUCGCGCGGCAGUGCCCGAGCGAAGAUGGCGGCGGGGGAAGUGAAGUCCGUGCUCUUCGUGUGUCUGGGAAACAUAUGCCGCUCUCCAAUAGCUGAAGCAGUUUUUAGAAAACUUGUAACUGAUGAAAAAGUUGAAAAUAAGUGGAUGACAGACAGUGCUGCUGUUUCAGACUGGAACGUGGGGCGCUCCCCAGAUACAAGGGCUUUAAGCUGUCUAAGAAAUCAUGGCAUUGAGACAGCACAUAAAGCACGACAGGUUACUAAAGAUGAUUUCCAGACCUUUGAUUAUAUACUUUGUAUGGAUGAAAGCAAUCUAAGAGAUCUGAAAAGGAAAAGCAACCAAGUUAAAGACUGCAAGGCCAAAAUUGAACUGCUUGGGGCAUAUGAUCCACAGAAACAACUUAUUAUUGAAGAUCCAUACUAUGGGAAUGAAAAGGACUUUGAAACUGUUUACGAGCAGUGUGUUAGAUGCUGUAAAGCAUUUUUGGAGAAGCCUCAUUAAUGUUUAAUUAUUCUAUUUGUAAAAGAAAAUAAUUAGCUUCUCCUGAAAUAUGUAAGCUUUCCUUGAUUGAUGUAUUUAAAUUGUAAAGUUGUGCUUCCUUAGAAGAUUCAGAACUUUCUCAGUUUAAUUUUUUAUUGUUGUUCUUGUCAUCUAAUUGGAAAAACAGAUGUUGUAGAUCAACCAUUUUCUCACAUAUCAAUGUAAUAAUAAAGUACUUGUUGAGAAUAAAUUUAUCUGUAAACUCUUCCAGUGCUUUCUCAGAAGCACUGAAAAAAAAAAGUCUUGGUUCUUUGUGCUAUGCAGAGUCAACUGAAGUUGUCUCAUUGUGCCAUUAGUGAGUAAGUUGAAGCCAACUUUCCACAGGCGUAUGUGAAAUAAUACUUCAUGUGUGUUAAUUUAGGCUUGUCAUCCCAGUAUCAUUAGACGACUUUCAGAAUGAAGCUUUUUCAUUAUUGAGUCUGGUGAACUGCCUUCCCAAGGGGCAGUCUGGGAACUGCCUUCCCAAGACAGGCAUUGUUCUAAUCACUGUUUCAAUGUUCAAGCAAGCAGGACCUGUUAUCAGGAUCCUGUGAAAAUGGUUUGUUAUUUAGGUUUAAAUCUUCAUUUAUCAAAGAAGAAAUCAUUUUGUGCUGGUAGAUUUUUAUACUUGUUAAAAUGAAAUCAGUUCAAAGAUGGUCACUGAUGAUGGUCACUAAGACUUCUCUGGUUCAUUUUCCUUUGGUCUUGGGGCCAAUUUGUAGCACACUGAUGUACGUACAAGUAAUAUAGCACUUGCUUUCACAAUAUAACAGUUCAGUUUAAAAGUCUAAAUGUGAAAUGUAUAUUUUAUAUCUCAGAAGUAAAAUAUUCAAAUCCAUGCUAUAAUCACAGUUCCUAUAUGAGUGGCAGAUGAUAUUUUCAUAUUUACUUAGGGGAAUGGAUAGCAUGUCAAAGAUGUUCUUUAAGAACAUAGUUCAACCUGAACACAGUAACGUGUAAUAUAAUUUGAAGCUAUAUGAAUAUCAGUAAGUUAAGUUUUGUGCUCUUGCACAAAAAUGGAAUUCAUGCAUUGUGACAAUCUAUAUUUAUUUGUCUGAACAUCACCCUCAAUUUCUGCCUUAGGCAGAAACGUGACUGUGAAAUGUAAUUAGAUCAGUAAUGUAACUGAUACCAUGUUUUUCUACUUUGAAUAAUGCUAAUAUUGAUAUGAACAAGGAUUACUGCAGGAACUGUAAAAUGGUAAAAUUUGCUUUCUUAUUUA